AUGCCACCCACAUACACCCUCUUCUACGGCACUUUCAUCCAAUUACCCCGCUAUGCCCCUCCCCCCGGCUCCGGCCAAAAACUCGCCCUUUCCAUCAACCAUGGCGCGUUGUGGGUGUCUUCUGCCGAUGGCCGGAUAAAGGGGUUUGAUUGGGAGAUUGGGAUUGACAGUGACGACGAGUUGAAGGCCUGGGUGGAACGGAAAGGCUGGACGGUCGUCGCAGAGAAUGAUAGCACGGCUGAUGGGAAGGAGACGGUGAUCAUUGUCAAGGCGAGGAAGGAUAGGAAUGGCUUCUUUUUUCCUGGGUUUAUAGACACUCAUAUCCAUGCGUCGCAAUACCCCAAUUCCGGCAUCUUUGGCUCCUCGACGCUUCUCGACUGGUUGGAAACGUAUACCUUCCCCCUCGAGAGCUCCUACGGGGACAAAGACUCCGAUGCUGCUCCCCCCAAAGCGCACGCCGCCUACAAUCGAGUCAUCUCGCGCACUCUGUCGCAUGGUACCACCUGUGCUGCGUACUACGCUACGAUCCACGUCCCUGCUACGAAUCUCCUGGCUACCCUCUGCCACAAGCGUGGCCAGCGCGCCUUCAUCGGCCGCGUCUGCAUGGAUAACCCGGCUUUCUGUCCAGACUACUACAAAGAUGCCUCGCCGGAGGAAUCUGUCGCCGCCACCGAAGCUACCAUCGCCCACAUUCGCACCCUCGAUCCAGACGGCAGCUUGGUUGCGCCGAUUAUCACGCCCCGAUUCGCACCCACCUGCUCGCCAGCCGCGCUCACUGGUCUGGGCAAGCUCGCUGCGUCGUAUGAUCCCCCGCUGCACAUCCAGACCCAUAUUUCGGAGAACAAGAACGAAGUCGCCCUUGUGAAGGAGAUCUUCCCCCAGUCCGCGAGCUACGCACACGUCUACGACGACCACGGCCUGCUGACGGCCCGGACUAUCCUUGCGCAUGCCGUCCAUCUCACUCCGGAAGAGCGCGCCCUGAUCCGCUCGCGCGAGUCCAAAAUCUCACAUUGUCCCGCGUCCAACAGCGCCCUAGGAUCGGGUCUCUGCCUUGUGCGCACCCUCCUGGACGAUGGCAUCCCGGUGGGUCUGGGCACCGACAUCAGCGGCGGAUAUCAUCCCAGCAUCCUCGAAUCAGUCCGGCAGGCGUGCCUGGUCUCCCGUCUUGUCGCGUCGCAGUCAGCGGAGCAAUCCGGCCGAGAGAAGCUGAGCGUGGAGGAGGCGCUGUACCUGGCGACGCGCGGGGGCGCGCAGGUGGUCGACAUGGCGGAUCAGAUCGGCGGGUUCGACGAGGGCAUGUUCUGGGACGCGCAGCUCAUCGAGCUGGGGGAGGUUGUCGGUGACAACAACCACUUGGAUGGAAGAAGCGACGACGCCGGCAACGUCGACAUCUUUGGCUGGGAGUCGUGGGAGGAGAAAAUUGCCAAAUGGGUGUGGAGCGGAGACGAUCGCAACGUCAAGGCAGUUUGGGUGGGUGGUCGGCUGGUUCAUAAAAGGGGUUCUGAAGAGGCUAUUUAG